CUUCUUUCCUCCUCACAACGCUUUUCCUCCUUCAUUCGUCUGCCGAGCCAUGAACAUGGACGCACACAUACACACACUCUUCUUAUUAACGGUGCUGAGGUUCUCCACAUACAAUGGGUUCCUGAUCAGACACACAAGUAAAGAUGUGUGUGUGACAGUUCAGCGUGGCGGAGUUGUGGUUCUGAAGAAGUGUGAUGUAAGGAACCCAUCUCAGGACUGGACCUGGACAGCAGACAGGAAGCUGAAAUUCACUCGGUCGGAUCAGUGUCUGUGGGUGAACAUGAACAUGCCCUCUCACGCCUCCCGGGUGAAGACACGCCCCUGUAGCUCCGCCCCUACCUGGAAGUGUUAUGAUGAGUUUGGGACCUUUGGGUUGGAGAUGUUCCCUCUGUUCCUAAAGAAACUAGGUACCUGGCCUGUAGUCCGGCUCGGACCCAAACACUCCAAUUGGACCCGGCACACUGGGCACAAUGUGGAGCUGACACACCUUUGCUCCAACACAGGUCCUUCAACAAUGACGAUUCCCAUCACAUUCCAAAACACAGUUAGAUCCAGAACCAAAAGGACCGGGACCACUGGUAGCUUUAAUAAAGACGAACUUACUCACACAGCUGGAUCAGGACUUCAUAACGUGGAGAAACAGGAAGAUGAGGUGUCUGUCACUCAUCUCCCUUCUGAAAUGAGAGAUGUGACAAAUAAUGUCACGGCUGUUUCAAAUUUCCUGAAGGACACACGCAGGAGCACUUCACAGUUUACACGUAAUCCCACUGAGAGGCGCAAUUCAAUAACAUCACUUCCUGCCGUGAAAGAAACGACACAGUUCAGAUUUCAAACUGCACCAAACUCCUCCAAAUCCUCCAACGCCUUCUCGUCCUCCAGUCACUCAUCCACUGCUUCUUCUCUCCUCUCAACACCAAUAACUGAAAUUUCAACACAAACGCUUUUAGCAUCCAAGACUCUCAAAUCUGUAAAACACAAGAAAACACAGCCACGUACCACAGGGAGCCAACGCUCAAUAACACCUCAAGCAGUUGCAAGGAAAACUCAAACACCAAGCACGAGAACUUCACCCACAACUGCACACAGAGUGAGAACAGCUGCCCCAACAGUGAGUGAAGCACUGAGUGAAAGCACAUUUACUGCAGCCUCAACAUCAUCUCCUCAAACAACCACAACCGCCCCUGAAUAUCAAACCUCUACCAUAUUCACAACUGCCCCUGUGACUACAGACGCUACAACCACAAAUGCACUGGUACCUAAAUCUAUUAGGACAACUAGUUCUAAAAGGGUAUCUACACCCAGGUCUGUAAGUACGGUAACUGGAGCUACUGCAACACCUUAUAUUACAACUGCAGCUCCAAAUACAACUGCCCCUGGCGCUAAAUCAGAUUCAACUACCACUUUAAAUGCUUUAGCCACAACUACUACUGCCCCUAUAGCAACUAGACCUGUAACCAAAUCUUCUAGUUCCAACACAAUUAUCCCUAUUAAUAAAGCUCGAAGGGUAGCUACAUCUACUCCAGCUAUUUCUAUAUCUCUAAAUACAACUUUACCUAAAACUGCCCCACUAACUACAGCUACUGAGGGAACUACAAUUGCCCCAAUGACUACAACUGAUGAGACUAUAUUUUCCCCAAUAAUUACAACUUCUACAGCAAGUACAACUGCCCCAAUACCGAUAACUAAUAAGUUGAUUACAACUGCCCCAAUAAAUACAGCUACUGAGGCCAAUACUACUGCCCUGAUAACUAUAACUAAUGAAAAAACUACAGCUGCCCCAAUAAUGUCUACUAGAACUACAAAAGCAACUACAAUAGCUGAGAGUCUAACUACUGAACUCCCAACAACAACCACUCCAACUACUACAGUGACCCACACCACAUUCUCCACCUCCAGCACCCCUCAGCUUGAAACCACAGAGAAAGGGGUCAGGUGUGUGGUGAACCAAACUGAAGCCAUCUCUAACACAUUCUCCUCCGUGAUUAAGUUCAGAUCAGCAGGACAGGUCUGUGUUUUCACUUUGAUCAACCGUGAGACUGGAUCUCAGUUAACCAAAUGCUCUCAGAUCCAAACCGACAAUGACAGAUUCACCUGUAAGGUAUCAGAUCUGCAACCUGGCACUGUUUAUCAUUUUGGAAUAAUUUCCCAAACUGAUGGAGAGCAUUUCAACAUUUCACUUCAGACUGAUCCAGCUCAGCCCUUAGGUCUUCAGAUUACUCCAGAUUAUUCCCAGGGUCCUGGAUUGUGGAUAAAAUGGCUCCGAUCUCCAGGACAUGUUGAGCGGUAUGAGUUGGUACUGUCAAAUACAGAUUUUGAGGAGAGAAAAAAUAUUUCAGGAGAUGCUGAGACACACUCCAGCUUCACCAACCUUAUCCCAGGAACACGCUACACAAUCCACCUAGUGGCCAAAUCUGGGAAUAGAACAUCUCCAGCCGCUACAGGAAAUGCUGUGAUAGCUCCAUCUGCAGUAAGCAGUCUGAGAGUCUCCGCCUCCUCUACCAACAUCAGCGUUUCCUGGCGGCCAGGGAGUGGACACAGUGAGGCAUUCUGGGUAAUGCUGAGUCAUGAAGAUGUACUGAUCCGGAGAUUGACAUUUAAAAGCACGGUGACAUCCUGCACUCUGGGAGACCUUAUUCCAGGAACGCUGUAUACAGUCACUGUGGUCACAGAAGCGUUUGGGAAAAAACAAAAUGCAAUAAAAGACAUUCAGACAGUUCCUGCUCCUGUAACUGAACUAAAACUGGAGAAUGGCGGCAGUGAGGACUCGUUAAACACAUCCUGGACUCCUGCAGAAGGAAAAGUGGAUGAAUACCAGAUUAUUUUAAAUUGCUCUUCCUUCUCCACUGGACAGAAAUAUGUGCUCCUUCCCAACACGUCCCAUUGGCUUUUUAAAGGACUGACACCUGGACGGGCCUAUCAGGUGUCAGUCAGGACUAAGAGUGGGAAUCUCAGCACUGAGACUAAAGCCACAGGUAGAACAGUUCCUGCUCCUGUAACUGAUCUAAAACUGGAGAACGAUGGCAGUGAGGACUCAUUACACACAUCCUGGACUCCCGCAAAAGGAGAAGUGGAUGAAUACCUGAUCAUUUUAACUUCCUCUUCCAAUGAAGAGAAAGCUGUGCUCCUCCCAAACACGUCCCAUUGGCUCUUUAAAGGACUGACACCUGGACGGGCCUAUCAGGUGUCAGUCAGGACUAAGAGUGGGAAUCUCAGCACUGAGACUAAAGCCACAGGUAGAACAGUUCCUGCUCCUGUAACUGAUCUAAAACUGGAGAACGAUGGCAGUGGGGACUCGUUAAAAACCUCCUGGACUCCCGCAAAAGGAGAAGUGGAUGAAUACCUGAUCAUUUUAACUUCCUCUUCCAAUGAAGAGGAAGUUGUUCUCCUCCCCAACGCGUCCAAUUGGCUCUUUAAAGGACUGACACCUGGACGGGCCUAUCAGGUGUCAAUCAGGACUAAGAGUGGGGAACUCAGCACUGAGACUAAAGCCACAGGUAGAACAGUUCCUGCUCCUGUAACUGAGCUAAAACUGGAGAACGAUGGCAGUGAGGACUCUUUACACACAUCUUGGACUCCUGCAAAAGGAGAAGUGGAUGAAUACCUGAUCAUUUUAACUUCCUCUUCCACUAAACAGGAAGCUGUGCUCCUCCCUAACACGUCCCAUUGGCUCUUUAAAGGACUGACACCUGGACGGGCCUAUCAGGUGUCAGUCAGGACUAAGAGUGGGAAUCUCAGCACUGAGACUAAAGCCACAGGUAGAACAGUUCCUGCUCCUGUAACUGAUCUAAAACUGGAGAACGAUGGCAGUGAGGACUCAUUAAAAACCUCUUGGACUCUUGCAAAAGGAGAAAUGGAUGAAUAUCUGAUCAUUUUAACUUCCUCUUUCACUGAAGAGAAAGUUGUGCUCCUCGCUAACACAUCCAAUUGGCUCUUUAAAGGACUGACACCUGGACGGGCCUAUCAUGUGUCAGUCAGGACUAAGAGUGGGAAUCUCAGCACUGAGACUAAAGCCACAGGUAGAACAGUUCCUGCUUCUGUAACUGAUCUAAAACUGGAGAACGAUGGCAGUGAGGACUCGUUAAAAACCUCCUGGACUCCUGCAAAAGGAGAAGUGGAUAAAUACCUGAUGAUUUUAACUUCCUCUUCCAAUGAAGAGAAAGUUGUUCUCCUCCCCAACACGUCCAAUUGGCUCUUUAAAGGACUGACACCUGGACGGGCCUAUCAGGUGUCAAUCAGGACUAAGAGUGGGAAUCUCAGCACUGAGACUAAAGCCACAGGUAGAACAGUUCCUGCUCCUGUAACUGACCUAAAACUGGAGAAUGACGGCAGUCAGGACUCGUUAAAAACCUCCUGGACUCCUGCAAAAGGAGAAGUGGAUAAAUACCUGAUCAUUUUAACUUCUUCUUCCAAUGAAGAGAAAGUUGUGCUCCUCCCCAACACGUCCAAUUGGCUCUUUAAAGGACUGACACCUGGACGGGCCUAUCAGGUGUCAAUCAGGACUAAGAGUGGGAAUCUCAGCACUGAGACUAAAGCCACAGGUAGAACAGUUCCUGCUCCUGUAACUGAACUAAAACUGGAGAACGAUGGUAGUGAGGACUCAUUAAACAUCUCCUGGAUUCCUGCAAAAGGAGAAGUGGAUAAAUACCUGAUCAUUUUAACUUCGUCUUCCAAUGAAGAGAAAGUUGUGCUCCUCCCCAACAUGUCCAAUUGGCUCUUUAAAGGACUGACACCUGGACGGGCCUAUCAGGUGUCAGUCAGGACUAAGAGUGGGGAACUCAGCAUUGAGACUAAAGCCACAAGUAGAACAGUUCCUGCUCCUGUAACUGAUCUAAAACUGGAGAACGAUGGCAGUGGGGACUCGUUAAAAACCUCCUGGACUCCUGCAGAAGGAGAAGUGGAUAAAUACCUGAUCAUUUUAACUUCCUCUUCCACUAAACAGGAAGCUGUGCUCCUUCCCAACACGUCCCAUUGGCUCUUUAAAGGACUGACACCUGGACGGGCCUAUCAGGUGUCAAUCAGGACUAAAAGUGGGAAUCUAAGCACUGAGACUAAAGCCACAGGUAGAACAGUUCCUGCUCCUGUAACUGAUCUAAAACUGGAGAACGAUGGCAGUGGGGACUCAUUAAAAACCUCCUGGACUCCUGCAAAAGGAGAAGUGAAUGAAUACCUGAUAAUUUUAACUUCCUCUUCCACUAAACAGGAAGUUGUGCUCCUCCCCAACAUGUCCAAUUGGCUCUUUAAAGGACUGACACCUGGACGGGCCUAUCAGGUUUUAGUCAGGACUAAGAGUGGGAAUUUCAGCACUGAGACUAAAGCCACAGGUAGAACAGUUCCUGCUCCUGUAACUGAUCUAAAACUGGAGAACGAUGGCAGUGGGGACUCAUUAAAAACCUCCUGGACUCCUGCAAAAGGAGAAGUGGAUAAAUACCUGAUGAUUUUAACUUCCUCUUCCAAUGAAGAGAAGGUUGUACUCCUCCCCAACAUGUCCAAUUGGCUCUUUAAAGGACUGACACCUGGACGGGCCUAUCAUGUGUCAGUCAGGACUAAAAGUGGGAAUCUCAGCACUGAGACUAAAGCCAUAGGUAGAACAGUUCCUGCUCCUGUAACUGAGCUAAAACUUGAGAACGACGGCAGUGAGGACUCAUUAAACACCUCCUGGACUCCUGCAAAAGGAGAAGUGAAUGAAUAUCUGAUCAUUUUAACUUCCUCUGACUCUUCCACUAACCAGGAAGCUUUGCUCCUCCCCAACACAUCCAAUUCGCUCUUUGAAGGAUUGACACCUGGACAGGCCUAUCAGGUGUCAGUCAGGACUAAGAGUGGGGAACUCAGCGUUGAGGCUAAAGCCACAGGUAGAACAGUUCCUGCUCCCGUAACUGAACUAAAACUGGAAAACGACGGCAGUGGGGACUCAUUAAACACCUCCUGGAUUCCUGCAAAAGGAGAAGUGGAUGAAUACCUGAUCAUUUUAACUUCCUUUGACUCUUUUACAAAACAGGAAUUUGUGCUCCCCCCCAACACAUCUCAUUGGCUCUUUAAAGGACUGAGACCUGGACAGGCUUAUCAGGUGUCAGUCAGGACUAAGAGUGGGAAUCUCAGCACUGAGACUAAAGCCACAGGUAGAACAGUUCCUGCUUCUGUAACUGAUCUAAAACUGGAGAAUGAUGGCAGUGAGGACUCGUUAAACACAUCCUGGACUCCUGCAGAGGGAGAAGUGGAUAAAUACCUGAUCAUUUUAACUUCCUCUUCCACUAAACAGGAAGCUGUGCUCCUCCCCAACAUGUCCCAUUGGCUCUUUACAGGACUGACACCUGGACGGGCCUAUCAGGUCUCAGUAAGGACUAAGAGUGGGAAUCUCAGCACUGAGACUAAAGCCACAGGUAGAACAGCCCCCGGACGUGUUCAGGAACUUCUUGUCCAUCACAGUGAUGAGUCGUCAGUGUGUGUUCAGUGGCGCCCUCCACAGGGAGAAUGGGAGAAUUACACUGUCUAUCUAACAGAUGUAGGAGGAGCAGUGAAGAAAAGGCAGACGCUAAGCAGAAAGAUAAAUGAGUACAUUUUUCAUGACCUCACUUCUGGAAAACAGUAUAAUAUCACUGUGGAAACACACAGCGGAGACCUGAAUAGCUCCACCUCCAUCACCGCUCACACCACUCCGGCCAGUGUCAGACAGCUGAAUGUCAGUAAUGAGGGCAUGACUGAAUCUCUGCGUGUAAGCUGGACUAAAGCAGAAGGAGAUGUUGACUUGUACCGCAUACUGCUUAUCGAGAACAGCGUCAUAAUCAGAAAUGAGAGUGUAACAUCACAACAGACAUCACAUAGCUUCCGCAUGCUGAAGAGUGGCACCCCCUACAGGGUGGUGGUGAUCAGCAUGAAGAAUGGUGUGUCCUCCAAACAAAUGGUGUCUGAGGGAUGCACAGUGCCCGCUGCUGUCGACGGCGUCUCGGUUAGUAAUAACGGUCGGACGGAUUACCUCAGCGUGUGGUGGAGACCAGCGCAGGGGGAAGUGGACGAGUACACAGUAACACUUAGUCACCAUGGCAACAUCAUACACACGCACAAGGUCCCCAAGUCCAACUCCGAGUGUGUGUUCAGCUCCUUGGUGUCUGGACGCCUGUACAACAUCAGCGUCAACACACACAGUGGGGUGUACACCAACCGCACCGUGGUACAGGAGAGAACACAGCCAUCUCCUGUGCUCACUCCAUCUGUCACACACAUGGCGCGUGAUGACUCUCUGAAGGUGUACUGGCGACGUCCAACAGGAGAUUUCGACUUCUACCAGAUUGUUGUUAAACACAACAAUAUGAUCCGACACAACACCACAGUUACACACACCCAGGACGAGUGUGUGUUUACUGACCUCGUACCGGGACGCCUGUACACGGUCAUCAUCACCACCUGGAGUGGCAAGUACGAGGCCAGUGUGUCCACUCACGGGAGAACACUCCCCGGUGGUGUGCGUAACCUGACGUUGUUGUCCCAGGGGACAGAGAAGCUGGGCGUGGGCUGGGUGCCAGCUGUAGGUGAUGUGGAUCAUUAUGAGGUUCAGAUCGUGUUUAAUGAUAUAAAGGUGUUUCAUCCGGUGACUCUGAGCAGCAGUACAACGCAGCACGUGCUCUCACUGCUCACGCCCGGACGCCUCUAUAAGAUCACCGUGUCCACCUUCAGCGGUCCAAAUCUCAGUACAUGCUUCAUUGAAGGGAGGACAGUCCCGAGUAAAGUAAAGAACAUCCACGUCAGUAAUGUAGAGGAGACCUCAGGGCUGCGUGUAAACUGGACUCCAUCUCAGGGCGAUGUGGACAGUUACUGCGUUUUUCUGAUUGGCCCAGCUGGAGUAAUGGAGACACGCCCCAUCCCCAAACACAUCCAUGACAUCACCUUCAACUCGUUACAGCCUGGAGAACAAUACAACAUCCGGGUGCAGUCUAUUAGCGGGAAUUUACACAACAACAACACUGUUACAGCUCGCACAGUGCCUUCCCCAGUGGAGUCUGUGCAUGUGGACAGUGAUGUGAGUCUCAGCAGUGUGUGUGUGAGGUGGAGUGCGGGGCGAGGUGUGUGUGACGGAUUCGGGGUGUUACUGCAGGAUGAGAGAGGGAUGCUAUUGAGGAACGUCACACUGCCACCUGUCUCGCUGCAGCACGAGUUCACACAGCUCACGCCCGGCAAGAAGUACCUCAUCCUCAUACACACGCUGAGCGGCGGGAUACAGAGCAGAGUGGCCGUCACAAACACACGCACACUCCCUGCGGCCGUCACCGAUCUGUCCGUCCUGAGCCGCUCAUCCUCAUCGCUGUCUCUGGGCUGGUCUCGACCUGAGGGGGAUUUCGAGAGCCUUGUGGUUUCCCUAAUUGGAGGUAACACCUCUUUACCGAAGGUCCACUGCAAAGGAUCGAACAUAAGGAGCUGCUCCUUCUCUCCUCUUAUACCUGGAACGGAGUACAGAGCUACAGUUAUGACGAAGAGUGCAAAUCUCAGCAACAAUAACACCAUUUAUGCACGCACAGUGCCAGCGGCGGUGUCCUCAGUGUCUGUGGAGAGCAGAAACGAGACAGACACUCUGUUUGUAAGCUGGAAACCCGCGGAAGGUGAAGUGAGUGGAUACACGGUCACCCUGCAUCACGCCAAUCAAUCCAAGCUUGUCGAGGAGAAGCUGAGCGCUAACAACACACAGCUGAAGUUCCUUGAUCUCAUACCAGGACGCCUCUACAUUACUAACAUCACGACACACAGCGCUUACCUCUCCAACACGACUGCCAUCCACGCCAGGACCGCUCCAAAGCCUCCAUCAUCGUUCUCUUAUAGGGUCGUAAACAACACCUUUGUGGAGGUAACAUGGGCGGGGCCAGAUGGCUCAGACUAUGAUGACUUUGAUCUGACGUGGUCUCCGGACGACGCCCUCUCUGUGACUGACCCGCACCAGAACACUUCCUCACACUGCCGCCAGCUGAACGGCCUGUACCCGGGACGACUCUACACACUCCGGCUCCGCACCAUUAGCAGCAAAGGAGGACACGCUACGUUCAGCCAGCACAACCAAACACUCAUCCGCACCAAGCCUGAGCCGAUCCCAAAUCUUCACUGUCGGCCCUCAAACUCGAUGGCGGUCUGCUGCUCAUGGGGCGCUCCACAGUCAGAGUUUGACUCGUACCAGGUGAACUGUUUCCAUUAUGACUCGGGUGUGUUGGUGAUGUCCAGCCGAAUGCCGGGGAACACCACUGGGUACUACUUCGCAAACCUCGAACCUCACAAACACUACAGGAUCUCCAUCAGAGUCAUCUCUGCCAACGUGAGCAGUGAAGCAGCCGAGGACAGCACCAUCACCAUGAUUGACCGCCCCCCAAUGCCCCCAAUGUCCAUCCGGGUCAGUAAGAGCACCGCCCACAUCACCAAGUCCUCCAUCUUCUUCCGUUUAAACUGCAGCUGGUUCAGUGAUGCUCACGGGGCCGUGCGGUUCAUCAGCAUCAUCGUCGUUGAGUCCGAGGAGAGUGAUAAUGUUCAGCCAGAACAGCGCCACCCGCUGGCCUCGUAUAGGGAUUACAUCAAUAACGCUUCAGUGAAGAUCUAUCAGACCAGAUAUUUCCCCAUCAGGUGUGACGAUGGACUCGACGACUCCACACACACUUUCAACAUCACACUGGGCUCAGGAAUGGGUGCUCUCGGGGGGGAGUGUGAAAACACACCCACAAACACACUCGGCAUGGACACAGAGCACAGCGUCUACUGCGACGGCCCUCUGAAACCCAGCACUGCCUACAGGAUAAGUGUGCGAGCAUUCACACAGCUGUCACCUCCCCUGUUUAGAGACACCUUCCUCUCACAUCCUUUAGUCACUGAACGAGAGCCUCUAGUGGGUGUGAUUGAAGGAGUAAGUGCUGGACUCUUCCUCAUCGUCUCAGUGGUGGGGAUCAUCAUCAUCCUCAUCUGCAGACACAAAACACGCAAAGUUGUACAUGAGCCGAUGGUACGGAUGAGUGUAAGGAGAGAAAGAACAUCAUCAGUUUCAAGAAUCAGAGGAAAUCGAUGCAUCUCAAGUCCGAUUAACAUCCUGAACUUCGAGGUUCAUCUGAGUAAACUGCAGGCAGACUCCAACUACCUGCUGUCUCAGGAAUAUGAGAAUCUGAAGGAAGUGGGUCGGAACCAGCCUCUGGACACUGCGUUACUGCCGGAGAACCGAGGAAAAAAUCGCUACAACAACAUCCUACCAUAUGAUUCAACGCGAGUGAAGCUGUCCUGUGUGGACGAUGACCCGAGUUCGGAUUACAUCAAUGCCAGCUACAUUCCUGGAAAUAACUUCAGGCGUGAGUACAUCGCCACACAGGGACCGCUUCCUGGCACUAAAGAUGAUUUCUGGAAAAUGGUUUGGGAGCAGAACGUUCACAACAUUGUCAUGGUGACGCAGUGUGUGGAGAAGGGACGGGUGAAAUGUGAUCACUACUGGCCAUUUGAUCAGGACCCACUGUAUUAUGGAGAUCUGAUUGUACGGAUGCAGUCUGAGUCGGUUCUACCAGAAUGGACCAUCCGGGAGUUCAAGAUCUGCACUGAGGAUCAGCUGAAUUACUGUAGAACAGUGCGUCAGUUUCACUACACCGUGUGGCCGGAUCACGGCGUUCCUGAAAGCACUCAGUCUCUGGUGCAAUUUGUUCGCACUGUGAGAGAUUACAUUAACAGAACCCCGGGCUCUGGACCUUCCAUCAUUCACUGCAGUGCUGGAGUGGGCCGAACUGGAACCUUUAUUGUUCUGGACCGGGUUCUGCAGCAGUUAAACACUAAAGACACAGUGGACAUUUAUGGCGCAGUGUUUGACCUGAGGCUGCAUCGCUCACAUAUGGUGCAGACCGAGAGUCAGUACAUAUACCUGCACCAUUGUGUACGUGAUGUUCUUCGUGCCAGAAAGUUACGCAGUGAGCAGGAGAGCCCAAUGUACCCCAUCUAUGAGAACGUGGCUCCAGAUAACCACUGGGAUGGAGUGCGCAUGCACCGUUGAAACCCGCAUGGAAGGAUGACGACUUUACUUUUGAGACACUGAAUUUAAAAUAUAGUUAUUAACUUUAUUUUUAUAAAGUAUGUGUAAGUAUGUUAUAAACACUGGUUAUACUGUUUAUAAAUUUAGUUCAUAAGCUACUGUACAGGACGGAGUGAAUGUUAACAUACACAGAUAAAGACUUCUAUUGCAGGAUGUUAUGUAGUGUGAUGCUGUAAUAUUUGUGAAAGAUUUAGAAUUUGAUUUAAGUUUUCAUAAAGUAUACAUAUUAGUAUGAUAUUGAAUUACAAAUUAGUUUUAUGAUUUUAAAAUAUAAAUUGAAAAGAAAAAAUAAAGUUUAUAAUUUAUGCUGUAUAUGACAUCAGCUAUGAUCUUAGAGAAGUGACAGUUACUGAUCAUCAAUCUGGGGUUAUAAGGUCGUCUCCUAACGCCAUCAUUGGAAAACCGACCGAUCAGCAUUAAGGAGGAUUAUUUACAAAUGGAGAGGCUUAAUGACAGUCACCUAUCUUUAACAACAGACACGUAAAACGUCUGAUUACAUUUUUACAUAUAUAACUGAUGAGCAUGACAGUGGUGAUGGCAAGGAUGAAACAGUGACUAGGAGAAAGAAAUCGGUGAAAGAACAGUGACUGUUCAGAAAUUUUAAGAGGAACUCAACCCAAAAGUGAAACCUUCUUAAUUUCCUGUGAUUCAGGAUCAGAAAGAGCUUUACUGCGGAGUAGGGUUGGGUAUCGUUU